GUCUCAGUUUUAAGGGCGUCUCUAUCUGCUCUGAAUGUGUCUGAUUGGUCGAGCAGCGAGAUAAAGCAGACUUUAAUUUCACUUUAGAAACAACAUCACUGCGACGUACUUGAUGAAAAAGGUGAAAGUUUGAGGUUGCAAUGUCCAAGUACGAGAAAAAGCCAGAGCCCGGAGACCUGAUUGAAAUCUCCCGAGGCUUAUACAAUCACUGGGCUAUUUAUGUUGGUGAAGGUUAUGUGAUUCACCUGGCACCACCCUCUGAACAUGCUCAUGCUGGGUCCAGCAGUAUCAUGUCAGUUCUACACGAAAAAGCCACAGUGAAAAAAGACCCACUUUAUGAAGUAGUUGGGAAUGAUGAAUACUGUAUCAACAACCUUUUGGAUGAUAAUUAUAAGCCUCGUCCUGUUCGAGAGAUUCUACGGGAUGCACACAGUUUUUUGGGAAAAGAACGUCCAUAUAGUGUGUUUUCACAGAACUGUGAGCACUUUGUUACAGAGCUGAGAUAUGGAAAACCACAGUCCUGCCAGGUGCAAGAUGCAGUGAGGACUGUUGCUGCAGGGGCUGGUGCAACGCUUGGCAUUGGGAUAAUUGCUUAUGCUGCUGCAACCUUUCUUGGUUUAAGAGACAAACAGAAGGAGACACAAUGAAAAAUUUUUCUACUCGACAAAUCAAUCUCCUUCAAAGGACAUCUCAAUUUGAAAGAUCCAUAGUAGUCUAUGUUUUGUGUCGUUCUCUCGGUCUGUUUUGAAGGAUGCAUCAGGUGUAUCCUUCACAUCUUUCAAUCACCCAUAUCCUUUUCAAACAUUCCAAUUUGGCCAAAAAUGGCAUGGCCACCCCAGUGGCCCCCCUCAUCACCAAGCCCAUGUUGACUAUUCAUGCUUAACAUAGGACGAUACUUUAAGCCAAGGUGUACACAUAUUAUCAAACAUGGAUUUAAAUAUUUUACAUCAAAAUUAAACAGCAAGUAUUUUUUUCUCUUUUAAAUUUCCUUUCUAAAAUCGCCCACUGCUUAAAUAAAUUCAGAAAGACUUCCAGUGGACAUUCACACAAAGACUUGUUACUAGGCAGGUGUCCACACAGCUUCAUUUUUUAUUUUUUUUCAUCAAACUCACAAACCCCUGCAGUUUGUGAACCCCACACUGAAUUAAUGUAAUGUUUACGGCACUUCAUGUUGUUAAUUACAAUGAAUGGAAUAUAUUUUAUUUCUCUUUGUAUUAAUAUAAUACAAGAUUGUUAUAUUUAAACGGAUGUGCAAAAGUCUGAUUAUAUUACCUCAACUGUGUACUGUAAUGGAUCACGUUACUAAUUACGUUUUUUGUCAUGUUAUUUGGAAUCAGUAACUAUUUAAGUAAGCUAAUCUACGUAGUUCUCUACCCAGUCCAGUAAUCUACCCAGCACUUAUGGCAUUAUUUUACUGACAAAUGUCGACAGCGCAUUAUUGUAAAGCGAAAGCACAUUUACUUUGCACGGAUUUCCUUUGCUUUAGCACAAAACCAGACGCACUUGAAACGUGUCUCUCCUCUCCCUCAAACUCUGUCUUGUGCACGCUCAAAUCUAAAUAAAGCUUUAACCAAUCAGACCUCCAAAACUGACUGA